AUGACUUCACUCAAUAUCCCCGCGGUUGCUGCCAGCCUGGUGCUUCUGCUAGCUUUUUACGAGAGAAUAAUCAAGCCCGCGUUCCUAUCUCCACUCGCCAAGAUCCCGGCGCCGCAUUGGAGCUGCCAUGUUGCUCCCUUUUGGCUGUGGUGGGCAAAGCUCACUCACCAGGAGAACAAGCUGGUCUAUAAAAAUCACAUGGCUAAGGGGAAGGCUCUUAGACUCUCGCCAGGUUUAGUCAGCCUCAAUUGCUUCGAAGGCGGCUUAAAGCAGGUCUACUUGGGGGGCUUCCCUAAGACUGAGUUUUAUACGCGAGGAUUCAUCAAUUACAAUACGGAAAACAUUUUCACUUUCCAAGACAAUGGAACCCACUCUGCCCGCAAACGAAUCAUCUCCGGUACUUUCUCUAAAUCUUUUAUCCUUGCCGAUAGUACAAGUCAAGCUUCUAUGAAGAAAAUCUUGUUCGGGAGGCUUUUGCCUGUAUUCAGCCGUGCAGCUGACAGCAAGAAGCCAUUGGAAGUGCUCGAGCUAUUCUACUCGUACUCAAUGGACUCAUUCAUCACCUGGCAGUUUGGAAGCACGCUGAGCAGCAAUCUGAUUGAAGACGAAAAGGAGAGACGGCUAUAUCUGGAUGGAUUCUUUGCUGCCGCACCAUAUACGUUCUGGCAAUACGAGUUCCCAAGACUGAACAACUGGCUCAAGACAAUUGGCCUUAUUCCGAAAAAGGUCGACAGUGGCUUCCACGACAUCGAACAGUGGAACCUUGAGAAGUGUGACAAAGCGCAGGAACUCAUUGCACAAGGCGAAGAGAACUUGUCAGAUGCGGAUAAGCCCGUCGUUAUGUCUCUUGCACUCAAGGCCAUGAGCGAUCCUCAUGCCAAGCCUGGUCAAUAUCCUCAACGCCUAGAAAUCGCCAGUGACAUGUUUGCACACAACUCGGCAGCCCAUGAAACCAGUGGCAACACUCUGACAUUUUGCUUUUACGAGCUAUCCAAGAGACCAGAACUUCAGGCAAAGCUGCGAGAAGAGUUGCUCACCCUCGAUCCGCCACUGUACUUCCCGCCACCGGCCGAAGGAGAAUGGGUAGUGCCUGCACCGAAGGCCAUCGACAAACUUCCGCUACUAGAGGCUGUCAUAUUAGAAUCUCUCCGCCUCUACCCAUCUGUCCCAGGUGGUCAGCCCCGUCGCGUCCCAAAGCCCAGCUCGCUAGGAGGUCACGACAACAUUCCAGCCGGCACUACCGUUCAGUGUUAUGCGUACUCAUUGCAUCGCACGCCCGAGAUCUUUCCCGAGCCAGACCAGUGGAAGCCAGAGCGGUGGAUCAAUUCAUCACCUGAGCAUCUCGCCACCAUGCGCCGAUGGUUUUGGGCAUUUGGAAGCGGAGGCCGCAUGUGCAUCGGAAGCAAUUUUGCAUAUUUCUCCAUGAAGAAUGUCGUUGCAAGCGUGUACACUAACUUCACGACAACGCUGCAUGACCAUGGAAGUAUGGAAUUGGAAGAUGCCUACCUCGCAGGACCUGUAGGCCAUAGAUUGGCGCUCAAGUUCGGGUAUAUUAGGAAGAUGUAA